UUUUCCUUUCUCUGGACCCCGGAAAUACCCUUUUAUGGAAGGAAUGCGAGACUUUUACACAGACAUACUAUCAACUUCCGGUUGGGUGUGAGCGACAGUCUUGUUUCAAAAAUAUCUGGUUUUACUACCCGGAGGGUCUGGAUACUUGUUUGUUUUUCCUGUAUGCUCGCGUAUUUUCCAUACAGCUAGAAAAUGUCAAAGUCCCUAAAAAAGAUAGUGGAGGAGAGUCGGGAAAAGAAUCUCCCGGAGGUGGACAUGUGUGACAGAGGAAUAUCAAACCUGCUGGAUAUUCCUGGACUGUUCACCUUGUCCAACAUAACGCAACUGGUCCUGAGCCACAACAAGCUGAGUGGUGUGCCUCCAAACAUUGCAGACCUGAAGAACUUGGAGGUGUUGAAUAUGUUCAAUAACCAGAUUGAGGAGCUUCCAACUCAGAUCAGUAGCCUUCAAAAACUCAAACAUCUGAACCUUGGGAUGAACAGGUUGAGCACUCUUCCACGAGGGUUUGGAUCUCUUCCGGCGCUGGAGGUUCUGGAUCUGACGUACAACAAUCUGAACGAGUCCUCACUGCCCGGGAAUUUCUUUUACCUCACCACCCUGCGCGCUCUCUAUCUCAGUGACAACGAUUUUGAGAUUUUGCCCCCAGACAUCGGCAAGCUGGCCAAGCUACAGAUAUUGAGCUUGAGGGACAAUGACCUCAUCUCUCUACCCAAAGAGAUCGGAGAUCUGACUCAGCUGAAGGAACUUCACAUUCAAGGAAACAGACUCACUGUACUCCCUCCUGAACUUGGUAACCUGGACCUGACAGGCCCAAAGCAGGUGUUUAAGGCUGAGAAUAACUCCUGGGUGAUUCCCAUAGCAGACCAGUUCCAGUUGGGCAUCUCUCAUGUCUUUGAGUACAUCCGCUCGGAGACCUACAAGUAUCUUUACGGGCGACACAUGCAAGCCAACCCAGAGGCGCCCAAAAAGAAUGCCGACAAAUCAAAGAAGAUCAGCCGCAAGCCGCUGGCGGCCAAGAACAAGUGAAGAAGAGGGCGACGAAGAGCUGAUCCGACCAUCCGAGAUGAACCUCACUGCAUGUGCCUUCUUCAUUUGAUAUUUAUUCAUAAAGUAUGUUUUUUAUUGCUUCAGUAUUACGUUAAUCAUGUAACCUCCAAACGGCUCCACCCUUGAUACACACCAAUCAUUUCUUCCACGUUUAAGAAGUGUCCUUCUUGUCCAGUGCCAUUUUUUGCCUUCAAAGUGCUACUUCUGUCAAUUCAGACCUGCGUCGGGUGCUAAUCAGAUUUCUGAACACAUGUCUGUUGCGUCUCUUGAGAGGCGGCAGGAGUGUUGUCCUAUUCAACCAUCCAGACGAGGAGAGCAGUGAAUUUUGGGAGGUGGUGACGAAUGUUUUGUAACCGAAGAGGGAUUUAGCAGGAGUUUGGUGGUCUUAGUGGAGUCUGAGUAGGAUUGUGUCAGGUCUCCGGGGGGACACCGCUGACUGCUUUCUCUGCCUCUUAAUGACAGAUAUGAAUGGCUGCAAACGUGAGUUUCAGAUGGUACACAGCAGAUACCAGACAGAAACACCCCGGUGGCCAUUUAAGAGGGUCAACAAGAUAUCGCAACAAACCACAGAUGGUGUUUUUUGAAGCGGUUGGCCAUUGUUUCUUACUAUGUAUUCAAGUUAACAUGACAAUACAACUUUUUACAGAACUACAUACAGUACAGCGGUGUUUGUAAAGAACCAGUUUGCGGUUAAUCAUGCAACAAUAAUUGUCAUUUCUGCUGCGUUCACUACAGCUUUAGAUUGCGUACACUAAAAUCUUCUAAUUCUGCAAAGCUUGGCUGAAUUUAAGUUUUACUUUUUUACGGAUGUGUUAUUGUUUAUUUUAAAAAGGGUCACAAGCUGUUUUAUUGCAAUCACAUUUAAAGUUGUAAUAUUUUCAUAUCUUUUAUCAUGUGCACACAGAGCAGUGUGCAAUGUACUGAAUUUUUGACAUUGAAAUAAAGUCACCAUUUUGUUGGA